CCAGCGCGAGCGGACCCAACAUGGCGGCUGGUGAAAGUGCCCUAUCUUAGCAGCGGGGAGAGCGUGAGCCGCUGGGAUAUGGCGGAGGCCGAGAGCUCAGAGCCCGGGCUGGAGGAGGACGAGGAUGACGAGGCCGGGCGGCUGAAUGUCAGCUCUCCGCGUUUUGACCCGUACCUGGCGCUGUACAGCAGCCUGCCGCCGCCGCUGCCUUUCCCCAAUGUCCGCACCUUCAACAACAUUGCCGAGUACCAGAGCUUCCUGAGGCGGCGGCGGCAGCAGCAGGAACCCGGGGACCCGGCCCAGGCCCAGGCCCAGGCUCAGGCCUCCGGCUGCCACAGGGCCCGCGGGCGCCGCCGCAAUGCCGCCUGGCCUCCCCCGGACCCCGACAGGAUCGAGCGCCUCAAGAAGCUGAUGGUGGCCGAGCAGAGCAGCGACGACAGGCCCAGGCCCCUCCGGAGGGAGCGGGCCCCGAAAAAUGUGCUGACCAGGAUGGCCCUACAUGAAGGCAGCCCACUGGGUGAAUUGUAUCGUUGCGUUCAGGACAGGAUAAAGGUCAAUGUCCAUAUUCGGACUUUCAAAGGACUACGGGGUGUCUGCUCAGGAUUCUUGGUUACAUUCGACAAGUUCUGGAAUAUGGCACUUGUAGAUGUGGAUGAGACCUUCAGGAAACCUGUCCUUGGAAAAGCCUUUUACAAUGAACCAGUAUUAACCGUUGGCAGGCUUUUUGAUCGUCUGAAACUACAAGAAAGAUCUGCAAGUGAGGAACCAGGUGCCAAAACUACAGAACAGACAGGCUGCUUACCCGAGAAGUUGGAAGGUGCUAAAGCUGAACAGGAUGACAGCAAAAACCUGACCUGUGCACUUAAAACAGGACUCACGCAGGUAACCUCCGAUACCUUAAACCUCUCUGCACAGAAUGAAGGAGGAGACAUUGAUCGAUCAAAGGGAAACACCAAAGAAACGAGCUUGGUGCUCAGGACAUUGACAGGAGGGAAAAAGAAACUGAGAAAGAAAUCCCUACCCAGGAUAGAUUAUCAGCAGGUUUCUCAAAGACAUGUCAAUCAACUUUUCAUCCGGGGAGAGAAUGUCUUACUGAUUAGUUUCAUGCAAUGAUAUCUGUCAGCACAUUGAACUUUUGUACAGUUAUUACACCAACAAAGUACAGAAGCAGUAAACACACCAUUUAUUCUGCAGAAAAUUUCCAACUGCUUGGAAAUCCGGCUCUUUGGAGCAGAGGAAAUAUUCGGAAUUAGUGUUUGAGCAGAAUCUCUGCUAAAUGAUUUUUUUAAGUCGGCAAGCUUCAGAUUUGGUUCACUUUGUUGGCUAAUUGUGUUUUGCUGCCUAUAUUUUUCAAUGUUGAAUUGCUGAUUGGAGAACCUUUAAUUGCUGUGCUCCAGUAAAUGUUUUGUUUCAAAACUUUAUGAAUGGGGUUGUGUUUAAAACUUCACGGGCUAUGUGUAAUGUUGGCAAAGGUCACAUUAGUUAAGCCAGAAACAGCAUUUUACCAACAUGGCUCUGAAAUUUCCUGUGCUAUAUUUGUGACUAAAUUGAGAAGUUUAUAUGUUAUCUGACUGAGGAAGCUGAGCCCCAUUGCAGAGAAUAGUUACAGGACAAUAUUUGUCAAAUGCAGAAAAGUUUCUGAAGGAGAACAGUUCUUGAGAAAAUACUUAACUUUCCCUACCACUGUUAUGUGGGUCAUUUUUUUUUUGUCUAACAUGUUGGACAGGACCUAAGGGUUCAGGAAUUUCCCAAGACAUCGUGAUUGAGGGGAAUGAUGGAGGCGGCAGUAUAUUCCAGUAUAAAGAGCAUUGAUAGGCCUUACAGCAUCCUAUGUUAACAUGACUUUUCAAUAACCAGCACUGGAUUGUUGAUGGUAAUUACUGACACUGAUAAUUCUACUAAGAUGUCCAGGAGUCAUAGCACAUGCCAUCUCUCUUGCCCAGAUAUCCAGCAGAUAUUUAUCCAAGUUCUGGAUUUACUGAUUGCCUGUUACCUUAAUUGACAGCCCAUCUGUUUUUUAAACAAAAUCUAAAUAGCUGUUUUUACCCUUUCGUCAGGUUGGAAGCAGGAGAGGACAUGGGGCAUGGAUGUAAAUUUGUGUUUCAUUAUUAUUGGUCUGAAGUUACAGCCAGCAGCUGAGGAAGCCUGCUCCAAGAAAAUCUCCUUGUUUCUCAUUGUCUGAGAUACAUGAGGAGAGAGCAGCACCUGUUGUCUGCUAUGAGGCAUAGUAGCCUGAUGAGGCAGCAAAGUUACAAUGGUAUUUGAGCAGAGUCAGCACUGUAGGGAACUGUCUUAUUUAUCUUGCAACCUGGUGAGUCUAUUCUCUCUAGAAACAUAGAAAAUGGAGGAUAAGCUAUUCAGCCCCUUGAGCUUUCUCCACCAUUCGACUAGAUCAAUGCUGAUCUUUCUCUUUCCUGUACUAUCCUUAUGUUCCUUGAUGUCUCUUAAUUUCUAGAAACCUAUUGGUCUAUCUUGAACAUAGAAUCAUGGAAUCCCUACAGACUGGAAGCAGGCCAUUCGAGUCCACCCCACCCUAUCCCUGUAACGCCACAUUUCCAUGUCCAAACCACUCAAACUGUACAUCUUUGGACUGUAGGAGGAAACCCAUGCAGACAUGAGGAGAAUGUGCAAACUCCACACGAGACAGUCACCCGAGGCUGAAAUUAAACCCAGGACCCUGGCGCUGUGAGGCAGUAGUGCUUACCAGAGUCACCGUGCUGCCUACAUACUCCUAAUGCUGAGACUUUCUCAUUGGGUUCUAGAUACUACAAGCUAAGGAGAAAAAUUGUAUAUGGCUUUUGAGCCCUGUAUUCCUCUUGUACGCCUCAAAGAGAUCACCUCUCAUUUUUGAAACUCUACAGAAUAUAGAUCCUGUCUUUUUAUAAAAGCUGGACUUAAUUGACAGAAGUGUCCUGUUUGGCCCCAUAGUCUACUGUAUCACUAAUGCAUCACUCUUACCACAAUUUAGUUUUGAUUCUGUGACUUGUAGUGUUUUAAUCUUGGUUGGAAUACCAUGAUUUACUACUCCCAGCUCAAAACCAGAUAGGAUUCUGGCUGCUUCUCGCUUUCCAGUGCCCUCCCUUAAAAUGAUGUGUGGAGAUGCUAAGUACAGACAGCUGUGAUAUUGCUGUCUGUGAACUCAGCUGCCACAGUCACUGCCUCAUCUUAUAUGAGGUGUGGUAAUAAGACCCUGAGGGACAAUUCAAAUCCUACUUUUUCAGUAAAUUUUGUAGUCUGUGGGCUGACACCAGAUUGUCACUAACAAUACAACUGGAUCUCUAAUCUAUAACAUGAAAGGGAAUCUGUCCCCCACUUCCUCUACCCAGUAUAUCUUGAGAAGUGGCUUGAAGUACAGAUGGGCUUGGGAACAAAUACUGGCCUGCUGAUUUCUUUCCUGUUCUGAAAAUUAAAAAGAAAAUAUGUACAAGCUCUUUGAGCUAAAAUUCCUUGAAUGAAUUGGGAGUUUGUUUAAAAAAAAAAGGCCCAAGUAUUUACACAUUCUUUCACAAUGUUAACAUGAAUUAGAGCCCCUCAAGCUUACUCUGCAAUAAGAUCAUGGCCACAAUCUCGCAUUCCAACCAGCACAUUCUAGGAAGAAAGCCAAGGUUCCGGAGGGCUGCAAACUGGAUUCACCAGAAAAGCUUCAGGAUUGAGGGUACUUUCAGGUAUGUCAAGAAGCCAUGACUUAUCUCGGAGCAAAGAAGGUUAAUGGUGGAUUUAACUGAAGUGUUCAAUAUCAAUUUUAAGAAAGGAGAAGUUUCCACUGCCAGGAGGGUUAUGAACCAGUGGAGUCAGUGAUUAAUACACAGGAGACUAUUCAACUCAUUAAAUUCAUUCUGACUUUGUACAGCAAUCCAUAGUCCAGAUUUAAAAGAAUUAGCAAAAGAAGUGGAAGGUAAGGAUUUUUUUUUGUUUUACAAUGUAGCAGUUUAUUAGAAUGAAGAGCCUUGAUAGAGUUGUGGAUGCAGAUUUAGCAGUAACUUAAGAGGUAAUGACAGCAAUUAUGUAGAGAGAAUGGUGAAUAGAACUAUGGGCUAGCUUUUUAGAAGAAAAGCGCUGAUGGUCUGACUGAUCUCUUGCACUGUACAAUUCUGUGAUUGCUCACACCUUUUGUGGUAUGAGAAUUAUAUAUUUAAAUAUAUCCUAAUUGUUAGUGUAACUGCAUGAUCCCAAAAGCAUACAAACCCGUCAGUUUCUUCAGAACAUUAAUCUGCCCCAAUUCAGAUGCAAACAGAUCUGAUUAUCAGAUAGAUAAAGCUACUCAAAUCAAGGCAGGACUAAUGCAUUUUCCUUGAAACACAGAUUAAAGGAAUGACAUAUCCAUACUGCCUGUACCGCAGCCUCCAGAACCAGAAGCCAUAAGCAUAGCAUUAAUAUCUGAAAUCCUAUUGCUAUGCAAAUCAAAACCUUAAUGUACUAAGUACAGCUUUUAAUAGCAUUUCAGUGGUUCUUAAUUUAAAUGGAAUAUGACAUUUCCCUCUUGAUAUUUGAUUACUUAUUUAAUUGGGUCAUUCUUGCACUAAUGUACCUCUGAAAGCAUGUACGUUUCAUACAGCCCUUUGAUGCCCGGACUUAGAAAGUUGAGUUAUGGAGUGUCCUCAUUUCUAAACUGACAGAUUCCUCAAACAUAAUAUAGUCUUAUUCAACUCUGACAGUGUUCUUAAUGUGUUGUCUGUAGGAUUUUGAGAUGGUGGUCAUGUAAAAUUUGCAGACCAUAUGCCCAUUUAACCUGCGAAUGGAAACAAGCUCAGGUAUUAGUGAUAUGUCAGUGGUAGGAGCAUAAAGAAGUUGCCUUGAAUGUAAGUUAUUUGUAUCAUAAUGGUUCUGCACACUUGCAUGUUUUCCUAUAACAUCUUGGUUUCAGUGCACAAAAUGGAGUGCUGUAGUCUGAUAUAUGCCUGCAUACAGUCACGCUGAAAUAAGAUGGAAGUUAGAUACUGAGGAUACAGCUUUGGGUGAUCAGGCAUAGGGAGAUAUUAGAGAGAGCCAUCCUAAGGAGGGGUAGCCAGGUACUUAAGGGUGCUACAGGUCAGGGUGAUUAUGUUGUUGGCAGAGAUGCUAGAGGGUAUCAUGUACCAGGGUGUUGUAGCUUAGUUAAUGUCUUCAGAGGAGUGUGCAGAAAAAAAAUGGUUUACUGACUCAAGGCAGAAAAACAGCAAAAGCAAAUAAUCUAUUCAAAAAGUCCUCAACUGCUAAUUCAUGAUUCCAGUUUGACAGUGCUGUUUUACAUUGUCAGCUAUUACUGGGGAUUGGAGUUAACAAAGAUAUUUUUCCAGUAGGUACUAGAUUAUUAAUGACUCUGCUCCUUUUUGAGCAGGUGCAUGUUAAUUAAGUUGCCAGCUGCAGGGGUACCAGAUGGCAAAUGUAACUAGUUCACUCCUCACAACAUAUCAGCCUCUGAGUAUCAUGCCCAUUAUAACAUCCAAUUUAAGAGCUGGUUGAUUACCAAGUAUUGUGCUGUAUGGCAGGGAUUUUUAAAAUCCCAUUUUUCAGCCACUGUGGCCCAACUAAUAGUCAAGUAGUAAAAUGUGAUGAACAUUGAGGUAAUGUUUCUCCAGGCUAAAAAAAAAUUCCAAAACAAAAAGGAUCUUGAUGUGCCAUUUGCAUUUCAUAGAAGAACAUGAAGGACUCGUUUCAGCAAUGAGGCAGAUAGAAAAUCAAAAUGUACUUCAGUCUUCAAAUUUAGUUACUGGGCAAUAAGAACAGGCUGAGGGCUGAUGAAAUGUAAACCCAAGUUAAAAGGGAGGCAGCUUUACACCUUGAGUGAGAAUACUCAUCAGACCUGUACUUUGAACACUGUACAGUUCAGUCUAGCCUUGGAUAUUAUGCCAGAUUCAAUAUUUUAAAAAACUUAUUCUUUCAGAAUCGUACACUGCUUUGUGAAAUUGGAUUUCUUAACCCAGUAUCUAAAGUAGCAGUUUGCUGGUGCAUUGAUGCAGUAACAUCAAUCCUAGAGUCAUGAUGGAUUAGUGCUUUGGGUGAAUAAAAUAUUGUGCAAAAUUAUCUGGCGAUAACAACACAGUUUUGUGAUUACACAACCCAAAAGGUUCCUGCUUAUAGCAAUGCUAAGGGGAGGGCCUUUAUUUUCUCCUUCCUCUCCCGGUUCCAUGAUGUCCAUUCCCCAAACAAACUCAUCCUGCAAGUUUCUCUUCUCAACUUUAAUGCCCUUUCGUUUAGGAAUACAAUAUUUUCUGAAUGUUAUCCUUGAUCUUAUUAAAAGGAUUCUGUUGA